AGAUCUGUGAUAACUUUUUUACUUGCUAUACAUGGCAUAAUUCCCUUGUAACUCUACAUGGCUGACACGUGUCCCCUGAAUUCUCUUCCACUUCUUCAUAUAUAUAAGUGAUAAAUCACCUUCAGACAACAGAGACAGUAAUUAACAAGAACAAAUUAAACAUGGGAAACAGAAACAGCCUUUUGUUUUUUAUCCUUGUUCUGAUGUGUCAUGGUGUAACCUUGACAAUGGGGUUAUGGAGGAAACAUGAUGAUGUAGAAACGAUGUUCUUGAUGAAGAACUCCAAGAGUGUGGUUAAGACAGAUGCUGGUGAGAUGAGAGUUCUUGAAAGCUAUGGUGAUGCUAAGCUUAUGGAGAGGCGCUUGCAUAUUGGAUUCAUCUCCAUGGAGCCAAGGUCACUCUUCGUUCCUCAGUAUAUUGACUCAAGCUUCAUCAUUUUCCUCCAUGAAGGGGAAGCAAAGCUGGGAUUCAUGUAUAGAGGUAAGCUUGCAGAAAGAACAUUGAAGAUGGGGGAUGUGUAUAGAAUCCCAGCUGGUUCAGCAUUCUAUUUGGUGAAUAUUGGUGAAGGUCAGAAACUUCACAUUAUCUGCAGCAUUGAUCCCUCAGAGGCAGUGGGAGUUGGUACUUUCCAGUCCUUCUAUCUUGGAGGAGGAGCAAAUCCAGCUUCAGUACUUUCCGGCUUCGGAACAGAUAUCCUUGAAGCUGCCUUUAAUGUAUCAGCAGAAGAAGUUAGGAAAAUGUUCACAAGGCAACAUGAGGGUCCAAUUGUGAAUCUGGAUCAGCAAGACACAGGUUUGUGGAGCAAGUUCCUUCAAUUGAAGGAUGAGGACAAAUUGCAACACCUGAAGGGAAUGGUGCUAGACCAGCAAGAAGAAGAUUUUGAUGAUGAAGAUAAUGAUGGACAAGAAGAGGAGAAGCAAAGAGUAUGGUCAUGGAGGAAGCUCUUAGACUCAGUUGUUUGUGAUGAGUUAAAGAAAGCAUGGAACCCCAACAAGGGUAUGGGUAAGAAGCCCCCUCAUAUUUGCAACCUCUAUGACAGAGCACCAGAUUUCAUCAACAGCCAUGGUUGGAGUGUUGCUGUUGAUGGCUCAGAUUAUUCUCCACUCAAAAUGUCUGGUGUUGGCAUUUAUCAUGUUAAUCUCUCAGCGGGAGCGAUGAUGACGCCGCACAUGAAUCCAAUGGCAACAGAGUAUGGCAUAGUGUUGAGAGGGAGUGGAAGAAUCCAGAUAGUGUUUCCAAACGGAACCAAUGCAAUGGAUGCAGAGAUCAAAGAAGGGGAUGUGUUCUUUAUCCCAAGGUACUUCCCUUUCUGCCAAAUAGCAUCAAAGGACCAACCAUUGGAGUUCUUUGGCUUCACCACCUCUGCAAGUAAGAACAGGCCACAGUUUCUUGUGGGAGCCACGUCACUCAUGAGGACCAUGAUGGGUCCUGAGCUCGCUGCUGCCUUUGGUGUGAGCGAGGAAACCAUGCGCCACAUGGUUGAUGCGCAGCAUGAGGAUGUCAUACUUCCAUAUCCACAUCAUCAAGAUCAUAACAAGGAAGUGGUUGAGGUUGACACCAUUCCAAAGCUUAUAAGGAAUGCCAUGGUUUUGGGAUGGUAAAUUAUUUAUGAGGUGAUUAGAUCCUAUGCGGCUU